GGUCCUCCUCAUUUUAAAAAGAGCUGCUACCCUGCAAUUCCCUCCACAGCUUCAAAGAGGUGGUAAAUGCUUCCCCCUGUGCCAGAUGACCGACCUUCGCACCUUUUGCACCUUCUGUGUCAGAGGGACAUCCACGGGAGCGCGCACCGCGACCAAAAAGUGACUUUAGCUGAUGGUGCGACUGGACUGAGUCCUCUGAGUUUCAUUUCUUCUCUGAUAAGUUGGCGUGCAUCCUGCAAAGUAGCCCAGUCGGUGUCUUCCGUCUUUGAUCUGCUGGCCAAGGAUGGUACUGGAUCAUAAGAGCGCAUUUCGCGCCUCCGUUUUGCUGGCGUGUGUGAUAAUCUGCAGUAACAUGCUAUGUCCCGUCGGUGCCUAUCUCUACAACAACCGCUACGCAGGUGAUCAAGUCUUCAGGAUAACCCCGAGUAAUGACGAGGAGGUCCAAGUGCUCAAGAACAUUCUGGGACACAUGAAGGUGGACUUCUGGCAGCCCAACAGUGCCACUCUAAUCUGUCAAAAUGUCACAGUGGACGUCCAUGUGAAACACAAUGACACACGAGGCUUACGUGCACGCUUAAAGCGGGAACAUAUUGAUUAUCGGGUGUUUAUCUCCAAUCUGCAGAAGGAAAUUGAAAAGCAGACGGGAUAUCGCUCCUCUCGCAAGCGGAGGUCAGAGUCUCAGUAUGACUACGAGGUUUACCACUCACUGGAAGAGAUCCAGAGCUGGAUGUUUGAGAUGAACAGAACCAACUCUGACUUGGUUGACAUGUUCUCCAUCGGGAAGUCAUACGAGGGAAGACCGCUUUAUGUGCUUCAGAUAGGAAAGAGAAGUCGUCAUCAGAAGAAAGCUGUUUGGAUCGACUGUGGCGUCCAUGCCAGGGAGUGGAUAGGACCUGCCUUCUGCCAGUGGUUUGUCAAAGAGGCCAUCAACUCAUACCAGCAUGACUCGGUGAUGAGACGACUGCUGAACCAGCUCAACUUCUACAUCAUGCCUGUCUUCAACGUGGAUGGAUAUCACUUCAGCUGGACCACGGAUCGGUUCUGGAGGAAAACACGGUCCAAAAACCACAAGUUCCACUGCAGAGGAGUGGAUGCUAACAGAAACUGGAAAGUCAAAUGGUGUGAGGAAGGUGCCUCUUCUCAUCCCUGUGAUGACACGUACUGUGGUCCCUUCCCUGAGUCUGAACCUGAAGUCAAGGCCGUCGCCAAGUUCUUGCGCAAGCACAAGAAGCGUGUCAAAGCCUAUAUAUCCAUCCACGCCUACGCCCAAAUGCUGCUUUAUCCCUAUUCUUACAAGUAUGCCACUAUCCCCAACUUCAACUGUGUGGAGUUGGCAGCUCAUAACGCAGUGACAGCCCUGUACUCUGCCUAUGGAGUGAGGUACAGAUACGGACCUGCCUCCACAACCCUGUAUGUCAGCUCAGGCAGCUCUAUAGACUGGGCCUACAGAAACGGGAUCCCAUACGCAUUUGCAUUUGAGUUGAGGGACACAGGAUACUUUGGCUUUCUCCUGCCUGAGUCCCUGAUCAACCCGACCUGCACUGAGACUAUGCGGGCAGUGAAGGCCAUUGCAUCAGGUCUGCUUAAGAAGUGUGAAACAGAUCGGGACAGAUUUCCAUAUAUAUGAGCGCACUGUGGGUCCCCGGAGCUCCACCAUCACAGUUACUUAUCUCAACACCUCAUAUUCCUCAGAGAUUUCAUAUUCCUCCAAGAUAUUAUCAGGUGAGGAGCUGAGGAGGAGCAGCAAAGUAUGAAUUUUAAUUUGCCUUUCUUGUGUUUGGGGUUGUGAACCGUAUUUUCCUUUACUGAUGAAAUAUGAUCUGAUGGUGGCGGGUGUCAGUAACCAUGAAUCUAAUUAGCGACCAACCUGUUUACAUAGAUCAUUACGUGUCCAAAGUCAGUGUCCUGAGCUCGAAUCCUUUCUAGCAUGUAAUCCUCUACACCUUUCCCAAAUUCUUAAUUGCUCUCGACUUACAAAAAUUAUUAAUAAUGCACACUUUUCCACGACAUAAGCUGAAUGGUGGUCACGUGAGCACUUGUCACAAUACAACAGCACUUUCCUCUAAAGAGACAGCUCAGAUUUUAAUGUUUUCCAAAAUCACAAGAACUGUUUUUAUUCGGGUUGCUUUUUAUUUUUUAAAUAGUCCUACCAAGUGCCAGUAUCUUAAUAUUAAAUGCCUUUAUUACUGCAACAUUGUUGGUGUAUAUGAUAUGCUAUCAUCUGACAAUCUUGGGUUUGGUUUAAAUUGAGAUUUUUUUUUUUGUUCGAUUUCUUUUUCAUUUGGUUCAGACUGAGAUUUGGAUUAAAUGACCUGUCACUGCAGCAGCUCACUGUGUCAUCACUCAGGUAUAGAUCAAUGACAGAGUCAGAAAUGUUUACUUUUGACAGCUUAUGUGCUUAAUAAGAGAUUCUAAUAAAUGACGAUAUCUGACUUGAAUAGAUAUUGUUAUAUAACAAUAAAUGUUCAUGUUUUUACAUUCAUCUCAUCCUUACAUCUCUACUAUUUAUUUGAAAGCAGUAAAAUGUCACAGCUGUCGCCCAUAUUUGUGUUUUGUACAUGUUUUGUACACAUGUUGAUAAUAAACAUUAUUUUACUGAUGUAUUUUUUUAUUAUGAUAAACUCACUGAGCUGUCACAGGUCAGUGAGUUUAUAGCUUCAGGCACAACACUUUAAAUCAAACUCUCUCUUCCAAAAGCCCUCCUCUUUCUCUUUCCCACUCUUCAUAUCCAGUCUUUGAUUCUGCAGCUCUGCUCUUAUUUAUGGAUUCAGAAAUGGUGGAACUGACACUCAAGACAUCCCAAAGUGAAAGUGAACUCUGCCGCCCACAACUGCCAAAUCUGUGUUGUCAAAUUGCCAGAUUUUCUGGAUGUACUUGCUGUCGGACUUUGCUAAAUGUUGCACUAGGCUGUAACAGGCUUUAGCAAUACUAAACAUGCAGGUACACACAGUUAUAGAUGAGGUGAAACAAAGUGAUGGCAGGAUUAAAUAAAAAGGUGUUGUGAAAUUUACAACAUAAUGACCACAGACAGCAACAAAAUCUGAGCUAUUUUUAUUUUAAGAUUAUGUUUAAUGUCUAUGUUUAAGGUUUUUCUUUUCAUCCCUGAGCAAGGGUGUAGAUUUUUAGGUAUUGAUGAGGGGGCACAUGAAACAGGAGGGUUUGGGGGUCCUUUGGUACAAAAUUUUUAGCAUCUAACAUAAUUUCCUGCUCUCUGGUGAUUUUUUAAUGUACCAAUUUGUGCCUUUUCUGCAUGUA